CCGCCACUAUCGACAAAACAUUGUGUUGGGUAGAUUUUUUACCUACAUGCAUAAUAUUCUUAAAGGGCUGGACUGUCUUGAUGGCCGAGGCCCUUCGCCUUCGGUAUCCCCUUACCCUUGCUAAUUCACAACAUAAAGUUCACUACUCAUUCAACGUGUAAUUUGAUACCCUUUUUCGAUGGUGGUGUAACAAAGCUGGAGCGGCGUAAUAGGCGGGCGAUGACCGUCAGGGCGCUUCUAGCGCUCUUUGCCUUGGCGAUAGCUGCCCUUCCUGCUGCCGUUUGUGGCCUACAAGGUCAAACCGGCGAUGCCGAUAAAGCUGGCACCGUGUCUGGCACUAUUAUGAUGAUGAUGUCGUCGGCGCAAGAUGGCAGCGACCAGACGCUGUACUACUUGGAGGCCGAUGAUGGCCGGUUCUACAGGCUGUCUUUCUGCAGCAACGUGACGCUGGAAGUGCUCUCAGCAAAUUCGCGCGCCACCAUCACGUAUACGGAGGCAGUCGGUGGCGUGUUAACAUCCUGCCAGCCUCCAAAGUUCGAACAGCAGACACGCCGGCGUUUGUUUGGGGAUACGAAUACCACCCCAACCAAGCCCACGUUCCUGGUCUUCCUCACUACUCUCUGCAACUCCUCAGUCGACACUGUGGCCGCCACUCCGGCGGACGUCCUCAAUCUUUUCACUGGUUCUGGGCCCACUGCCCCCAACCGGACCCUGGCUGGCUACUACGACACUUGUUCGUACCGCCAAGCCCGGGUAACAGAGUCGCAGAUUAAAAUCGUAACUGACCCGCAUCAGCCGGGGCGGCCCAUUGCGAUCCCCUGCAACGGCUCGCUGCAACUGUCGUUUACGUUCCCGACUGGCAACAACUUUGACACGUCCACCUGUGCCAACGACAACUUGGUAAAGUGGCAGUACUACCUGAACACCGUUGCUGCACAACAGAACAUCACCAACACUGACUACAACCACCAAAUUAUGAUACUGCCUAAAAACUUUGUGAGCACCGUUAAAGAUUGCGGUGGCAUUGCGGGAUCAGCGUCUAUCGGUCCCUGGUUCCGGCGCUACACUGCCAACAACACAUGGGGCACCGGCCUCAUCUGGUGGAGUGGCGACGUGUUCGGAGACCUUGAGGUUCUGUUUCACGAGAUUGGCCACACGCUGGGGAUGGCGCAUGCCAACGUGCCUGGGGGAUGCGGCACUUACGACCAAUGCGACAACACCUGCUUCAUGGGCGCAGCUGGAGGGCAGGGCAUCCGGUGUUUGAACCCACCGCACAUGUGGCAGUUGGGCUGGGGACAGCCCUUCCAGACAUUCAACGAUUCGGACCUGGGCUUCGGCAAGCUGCAUGGCUUGCUUCUUCCUCCGCACCUCAGUACGACCCGUGGGUCGGUCGCCCUGUCCCUAGCUAACAUGACCGACAAGCCGCAGAUCUAUAUCUCCGCCAGGAUCAACGUACCACCGUACGAUCUUCCCUUUGCCAAAUAUCAUGACGGCAAGCCCUUUGUUAUCGUACAUUACUACAACGGUACGGCAACUGCGCCGUACCAAAACACCUUCCUUGUCGGAACCGUGAGUCUCGGCGGGAACUACACGGACGUGGCCAGCGGCCUGGUGGUGUACUUCAACUCUUGGAAUCCGAGCAGCGGUGCCAGCGUGACGAUAUGCCGGCGGAAAGCCACCUCAGAACAAGUUUGCAAUGACGGCUUGGACGACGAUUGCGAUCUGCUUCCAGAUUCGCUCGAUCCAGAUUGCCGUACUCUGCCGCCGCCGCCGCCUUCAAGGACCAUCAACACAGGCGGUGUAAGCCAGGGCAGCACCGCCAAGCCUCCUAGCCCCCAGCCGCCCUUACCGGCGCCCUCCCCCCACACCUCCUUGUCGCCCCCCACUCACUCACCACCCCCGUCACCUGCGCCACGCACCAUUACGACACGUAAGUCGCCUCCGUCGCCAGCCGUCCCGUCACCCUUCCCACCAAAUGUUCCACCCAUGCUUCCUGACGUCCCUCCGCCCCCAAAGAGGGUUGUCACCCGUCGGCCGUCUCCAUCCGCUGCUGUGGCUUCUCCCUCCUCCUCUUCGCCCCCGCCUCUGCGACCGCCCACAUCUCCUGAUCCUCCGCCGCCUCAGCCGCCAGCAGAGCCUGCUCAGCCAUCAGCACCCCCCCCCGACCUGCCGCCACCCUCAUACCCGCCGCCACCACCUCCGCCGCCACCGCCACCUCCGCCGCCGCCACCAUUGCCCUCACCACCCUCUCCACCGCCGCCACCGCCGUCGCCACCUCCGUCACCCUCGCCGCCACCCCGGCCACCAUCACCACCUCCGCUGCCACGGCCACCCCCGAAACCACCAUGCCCUCCGCAGCCCCCGCCAUCCCCACCAGCCCCCCCAUCCCCAUCUCCAUCCCCGCCGCUGCCACCCCAGCCGCCGCCCCCAACACCUCCGUCACCCAGAGCCCCGCGUGCCCCUCGCUCCCCACGACCUCCCAAGCCACCCUCUGCGCCACCGCCGCAGCCGCCAUCACCACCGCCGUCUCCAUUGCCGCCGUCAUCGCCGCCGCCGUUUCCUCUGCCGCCGCCGUCGCCGCCGCCGUUGGCCCCCUCCCAACCUCCGGAUGCGCCGCCGCCGCAGCCCGACAUUCCGCCACCUCCCAAAAACCCCAAGCGGCGACCGCCCCCGAGCCCUCCGGAGUCCCUGUUACCCCGACCGCCCCCACCAUCGUCGUCAUCAUCGUCGUCUUCAACUUCGCCUCCGCCUCCGCCGCAAAUAUUUGGCGACGAUUGGUGGCUUUGGAGACGGCGGCAAUAACGGUGACAGAAAGACAGACGGUAAUACCAGGGAACAACAGUAAGCGGUGAUGGCAGGUGGCAGCAAUCGCUGAAUGGCAUAUGUCAAGCAAGAGGAUGGUGAUAAGCCUUCCUAUGCAUGGAUUGCAUGGAUGGCGAUAGGGAGUAGGUUUUAGUGCAUGGGUUGAGGUUGGGAAGGCGGAAUGGGGAAGUUGCAUUUCCUUGUGCGUUUUAGGUUUGGCGCGUUUAGACGGAGAAAAAGGGUACUGAAUGACGUCCAAUGAUGGAGAAAAAGCGGACAUCUAGACACAUGCAGGCGGGCAUGGGAUAAGCGCACGUGGGACAAGCAGGCUUGGUGCAUGGACAGUGCUUGCCGGCAAUGACUAAUGUGAUGUUGGGUGGCACGGCAGGUUGACAUGAUUUGGAGAUUCAUGUGACAUUGCUGCCGGUGGUGCAGCAUUCGUGCAUGCGGAUUAACAACACCGAUGCUGCCGUAGAGACAGCGCCCGACUGCUGGCGCCAUCCCUAGAGUCUAACUGUGUUCACGACAAAGGAAAAUGCCGCCAUGACUGUUCUGGGCUGCAACUUAGUACGGUGUUGGUGGUGAUCCGAGCAAGGUGCCUUUUGUUUGGGAACCAAGGGUCGGUCGCUCAAGUUCAUGGCCGUUGUGUUGCCAUGGUUACGUUACCGGGGGGUGUGUAUCCGUACUUGAGGGUUUAGCCAUAUGGGGUAAUGUUGGGGUUUUAGAGGGUGGUUGGACGCCUAACGGGCGCUGGAGCAGUAAUACUACUAGUGCGGGUUAACUGGGUUAUUGCCGCAAUUAACUUAGUAUUAACGUUCGUUAAUACACUUAACGUUCAUCAGUACAAUUAACGUUAAUACAAUUAAUCUCCUUGUCUACUAGUGCAAUAGUCCUUAAAAACACGUGAUGUCUAGAUCUUUAUUCUCAAACUAGUUCCUAGUGCGUGCUCUCUAAGUUGUGGGUAAGGCUUUAGUGGAGGAGGGUGGCGUAUGCAAAGGGUCCCUUCGUCUCAGUGUGUGCGGUUGCCUACCUGCACGUGACAAACACUGGCCCCUUUGCUGGUGCCUUUUGCUACGGAUGGUGAGGGGUUAACAAUGGUAACUUGUUUAGCGUGAUACCUAGAAGCGUACAACCGUAUGUUUAGUAAUGGUGUAAUGGAACUGCUGCUUGCGGUUGUUGUAUUGUAGCCUGCCCUUGCCUCAUUGGGUUUUGUACGCGGGCACACAUGGAAAGCUAGCAUCUUGCUUCCGCUUGCCCUGUGGUGUGUGAGUGCGCUGGAAUGUAAAACGCCGAUUUGUGUAGCUAUCAAGUGCUCUCUUGCCACUCUGACUCCCAGGCGGAUCAUUCUCAGAC